CCCCUGGUCGCUCGCUGGGGGGGCUUGUCCCGGGGGGACAGAGUGUGGGCCGGAGGGGACCCCUCCGCAGCGUUCCUCCGAGGCGCGCUUCAUCCCGACAUGGCUCGGGAUUUGUACGUCCUGCCCUCGGAGGUGCUGCUCAACAAGUCCGCCCAAUCCUUGAUCUGGGGCCUCCAUUAUGCGACGGCCCUGAUGGACAGGGUGCGUGACGCCGGCCGGGUCAUCGGGGGCCUCGUCAACCGCAACGUCGAGCUCCACCGCCAAGUCGAGGAGGUCCGAGCCGGGGCCGGCCCGGAGGCCGUGGCGGCCGUCGAGAAGCGCGCGACGGAGUUUGAGGCGGAGGCGGCUCGCCUCAGGUCGGAGCUCGAGGCCGCCAAGAAAGCAAACGAGGAGCUCCAAAAAACAAUAAGGGUGGAGCGGAUCGAGCUCCGUCUGUUGAAGACGGAGGCGAGCGCCCUCAGCAAGAAGCUGGAGGAGGCGAAGGCCGAGACGAGAGCGGCCUUGGAGGCAUUGGCGAAGGAAGCCCGUCUUCGACCCGCCAAAGAUAAGGAGCUCCUCGAGGCGUAUAAGAAGUCCGAGGGGUUCGAACUCGGGCUAACGCGGACGGGGCGGGUAUCCUUUGAGUACGGAUACCGAGUCGCCACGUCCCGUUUUCGCGCUCGUCACCCUGGCCUCGAGGUGGAGGAGGACCCCUUCGCUCCUCACCCCGAGGAUCUAGGGGUAGACAUGCCCGAGGACGUCCCCUUUGACGACCGCCUGGUUGUCCCAUAAUAAUAAUAAGGAAGGGUCCUGUAUUUUAAGG